CAUCAUCUUUCUUAGUUGGUAGGGAAGCGGUUCAUUUGUGCUCUGAUUCACAGUUCAUAUCAUUUUUUCUCCUUCCGAUCCAAGUUAUCAAAAUGAAGAUCGUAGCUGCAUAUUUGUUGUCUGUCUUGGGAGGAAAAACCUCUCCAACCGCUGAGGAUGUUAAGAACAUUUUCUCGUCAGUUGGAAUAGAUGCUGAUGACAACAAAAUUGAGUCAUUCCUUACUGAAGUUAAGGGUAAAGACAUUACCGAAUUGAUUGCUACUGGUAGAGAAAAAUUGGCAUCUGUUCCUUCUGGUGGCGGUGUUGCGGUUGGAGGAUCAGCUGCUCCUGUAAGAUCUGCUGGUGGCGCUCCAGCUGCAGAGGAGAAGAAAGAGGAGAAGGUUGAAGAAAAGGAAGAGUCUGAUGAUGAUAUGGGCUUUAGUCUGUUUGAUUAAAUUGGUGAUGCAGCCGUUUCAAUAGUUUGGAAUUCAAAUUUUGUUGCAAAAUUGCUGUUGUAAUUCUUAUGAUGAUCUUUUCAAUUUUACUGUUUUAAAUAUUUGACCGACCCAAACGGCUGUAUGUCCCUGUGAUUGCAUGUUUAUGCAAUUAUAGUUCGGAUCAUUAUUGAGAAACUGAUAUGUUGGUAUUUUUGAUGAAUUAUAUGAUUUGUCAAUAAUAUUAUAGUUGAUGAA